GUGUCUUUGUGUUAGUUUAGUUGCUUUGGCUUCUAUUUCAUCAUAAAUGCAUCAUUCCAAAACAAUCGAGAAACACUUGAAGGGUAGAUGAACCUGGCAUCAGUAUGACAGAUGUUGAUCAUAUACCUGUGAAGGACACCAAUAUCGGUGGUCUGGAACAGAGAGCUGCCCAGCAGAGACGUAUGGUGAGUAAAUGGGAUAGGAGUGAGCUUGAAGAUAAAUACCUACGUCUCUCAGAGGAAAAUAUCAUCCUGAAGAAACAUGCACGCAAACAAGAGGACAAGAUCAAACGAAUGGCAACUAAAUUAUUGCGGCUUGUCAAUGACAAAAAGAAGACUGCAGACACAGACCAUGGUGGUGGAGGUGGUAAGCGUAUCAGAGAUAUUGAGACAGAAGAGAAACUGGAGGAACUACACGAUAAGAUCAGAGAUCUGGAAAAACAGAAUCUCCAGUACAGAGAAAAAUUAGCACUUGCCAAGCAGCAGUUAGCUUCAACAAAUAAACGUCCUCAGCAGUACCCACAUGCUACCUCCAGAAUCAACACUGGAAUCCAUAAAACGAUGCCAGAUGUUAGGUUAACCAAAAACAUGAGAGUGAUGGGACCUCCACAUGAACAAAGAACUAGGGGAGGUCACCCAAGUCCAACCAUGCAUAGACAUAAUCAGAGUACCUUUGAAGACACAAGAAUUGAAAACCAGAAGCUAGAGAAUUUGGUUGCCCAGCAGCAGGAACAAUUAAACAUGUAUGAGUUAGAAAUGAGACAGCUCAGAGAACAGGUACAUCUAAAGGAAAAGGAAUAUGAAGAGGAUCUCACAAAGAUCAAACAUCAGAUCACAGCUGAACAGAGGACCAAUGUUCAAGAAAACAUUGAUAUGAUAAAGUUACAGAGAGAAGUUAAAGAGAAGUCUACAAAGUUCCUAAUGUUGCAGGAGAAAUAUAGUAUGUUAGAAGAGAACUUACGCAGUGUAAAGAGAAGCCAUGACACGAUUCUGAUGGAAAUGGAAAACAUAAACAUGCAGUACAAGGAGGAGCAAAACAGAAAUCUCGCACUUCAAAAUGAACUCAAACUUGGCUCAACUAAUCAACACAAACUUAUUGAGAUGCAAGAACAAGUGAGCAGCUUGAAUAAGGAGAUUGCAGUACUGAAAGAUGCAAAUGAAAAGCUUGUUAGCAGUGCAUUUGAUAUGGAGAGAGAAAGAGAAUGGAGACAGCGUGAGAACGCUCUCAAAGUUCAGAUAGCUCAACUUGAAGCUACACUUAAAGCUGAUCUUGGAGAAAAGGGAGGAAUACUGGACAAACUAGCUAUAGAAAAAGACCAGUAUGACAAGAUGGCAGCAGAGUACAGGGAAAUGCAGAUCAAUCAUUAUCAACUGAAGGAGAACUAUGAUGAUCUCGUGGAAAAGAUGAAAUUCUUUACAAAGGAGAGUGCUGUAGAUUUCACAGAGAUAGAAGAAGCUCUGGUGCUUGUCAAACAAAAGAAGCAACAACUGAAGGCUCAUCCGGAGUUCCUACAGAGAGUUGAUGAUGAGUUAGAGAAAGAUGCACAGAGAAGAUUGUUAGAUCUUCAAGCAGAGUAUGCAGAGACUGUACAUGAACUUGAGAAGACACGUAACAUGCUUGUUGUUCAACACAAGAUUAACAAAGAUUAUCAACAAGAGGUUGCUCUUGCUACUGGUAAGAUGGAUGAAGUAAAGAAGGAAUACGAGUUGAGACUGGACGAGUAUGCUAGAAUGCUGGAUAUGAGACAGGCUAGGAUCAAGAAACUGGAGUCUCAGUUGAGAGAUGUUGCUUAUGGAACCAAACAGUACAAGAUUCAACCGCCAACAGAAGACAUGGAUGAAGAUGUUAUACAGUUUGAUGAAACAAUUCACCUGGAACGUGGCCAGAACUUGUUUGAGAUUCAUGUAACCAAGGUAACGCUGUCACCUGAAGCUAUACGUCUCCUUGGAGAUGAGGAACCGUCAUUGUUCUGUACAUGGGAAUUCUUUGAGUAUGAGAUACAGAGUACACCUGUGAUGAGAGGAACCAGCUCAGAAUUUGACUUCACAUCUCAGUAUAUUGUGAAGGUUGAUGACUUCUUCUUGCACCAUCUUCAGAAGGAGUCGUGUACCUUGGAACUUCAUCAAUCAUUUGGUCAAGAUUUCAGCACAAUAGCAGCUUGUCAGCUUGUAUUCCGGGAGAUAUUUGACAAGACAUAUGGUCGUAUACAUGGUACAGCCACAUUGACAGGUGUAUCCGGUAGUGGUACAGGUAUCGGGUUCGGUACGGUAGAGUACUGGGUGAGACUGAGGGUGCCCAUGGAUCAGGCUCUCAGACUGUAUAAGGAGAGAACAAAAGCACUGGGAUAUAUGAGUACAAAUAUAAGGGCAGCUAAUGAGGCCCUGCAGGCCCUGGACGAGGAAGCGGCCAAGAGACCACCAGACAAUGUCAAUGAGUUACAUAUCAAACUUAUACGCUGCACAGGACUUAAAGCUAGGAGAGAUAAUGUUCAGCCAUCGCCAUACUGUGUGUAUCAGUUCUUUGACUACAACGAUCAUGAUACUGUCAUAAUAAACAGCUCCAAUAAUCCUGAGUUUAACGACCACAAGACAUAUCCUGUACCGAUGACAGGCGAUCUGGAUCAGUACCUCAAAACUAUGCCAUUGAAAAUAUUUGUGUUUGAUGAUACGGACCCAGAACAGACAGCCUACCUGGGUAUAGCAGAUAUUCCACUGAUACCGUUAGCUCAUGAUAAGGGUGUACAAGGUAUAUUUGAGCUGAAGGCAGCUAAUGGCAGAAUAAACGGCAGUAUAGAGGUAGAGCUACGCUGGCAGUUCACAUACAUGCCACCAUCAGCAUUAAAAACUACUCAAAAGCAGGAGCAGAUGGAGGCAGCCCCACAGGAACCACCUGAGAAACUUGUAGCCUUCAAAGAUGAGAGCCAAGUUCAAACCCAGACUGCUCCCAGACUGGCAGCCCGGUUCCCAGGUCCCUCAGCCACUUCAACACCAAUGCCCAAACCACGAGAGGAACCACCUCCAAGGCAGCCCAGACAUCCACCAAAAAGGCAAUUGUUGGAGCCAUCAAGCAGUGAGGCAGAGGAGGAAAGUAUUGAACCUACAACAUUCCAGCGGGAUGCCACUGUGCACGAGGCCGUGUCACGUGCCGUUUCAAACAUUAUGCCAUCGGGAAUGGUCACCAUGACAACACUUAAUGAAACUCAGUCACCAGUUUCAGGGAGAUCAGAAGAGGGUGUGUCCAAGUCUCCAUCCCCAUCCCCAGUACAAGAUGAAGCUCCCCCUGGCCCUCUAUAUAGUGAAGAUAUUGUGGAAGAGAUUGAGGAAGAGGUUCAGUCCGAUCGUGGCUCCGUGCGGAGCCGAGCCAGCAGCCGGGCCAGUAGUCGUGCCAGUAGUCAGGCCAGCAAGACCAGUGAUAGACUGCGGAGAGAUGUGUGUCAGUCUCCUAAACCCAAGCCUAGAAAGAGAAACACAUUCCAUUGGUCAGGUUCUAGGGACCAGAAGAGACCACUGGACGAGACAUUGAAAUCCACUCUAAAGUCAGAUACAAUGUUUGGUGAUGAGGCUUCUAGGGAAUCUGUUACAGAGGAGAUAAGUGAGGAUAUCUCACCUGAACCAAGCCAGCGGAGCACAUGGCGGGAAGAGGAGGCGCGGCCAGAGACAGAAGAGGAGGAGUCUGAGACUCCGCCCAUAGAAUCGGACAGUGAGGGACUUGUUAUGGCUCCAAGACCUUCAAAACGGAAACAGAAACCAGAGUCUAAACCGGGUAACUCUGUGACAGUAGCUAUUAAUCAUGUGUCUCUAGAAGAAAGUGCCGAUGUAAUGAACAACCAGGAUAUACGACAGUUGUUUGUCGAGUACAAGUUCCUCGGUAUCGACCCUCAGGAGACUGAGACACCAUUCUCAUUGCCAAAACCUAAACCAUACCAUAAUAUACAGUUUAACUUCAGUAAAACAUUCCAUGUAGAUUUUGAGAACAACUAUCAGAGAAGGCAGUAUCUAGCCAGCAUGUUGUUGCCGUCUGAUCCGGAUGAUGGAAGUUAUGGUGACCACAAUCUGAUCAGAUUUACAUUGGUUAGUGAGCCACCAGAGGAUGAUCAAGAAGGUGACUGCGAGGACGUUGGUGUUGCUCUCGUUAAUGUACGAGACAUUCUUGUUAACAGAAAAGAUGUUGUUGAGGAAGAUAUUGAUAUUUUGGACGUUGGUGACGAGGAGACUGUGAUUGGUAGUAUGAACCUCACAGUACAAUGUCUCGCUGCAUUAGAUUCUGUGGAGAAAGAAAUGAAAGUUGAAGGCACAUAUUGAUGACUGUAUUUCGAAAACUGACUGCAUGUAACAGAUUAUACUGUCUCCCACUAAGACAUUUUAAGUUGUUAAGUACCAAAAUUGGAAGGCGGAUGUCUUGAAACGUAUAGUAGUUUUUCAAGAAAAUUAUAAAGAGGGGUUAUAGACUUUUUCUUGUCAACCUUUGUGUAAUAUUUUUGACUAGACUGUUGUAUGUUCAGUUCUGAUGGUUAAAUCAGUUCAAAGGUUGCCAUGACUAUGUAGUGGAUUAAUUGUGCCUUUACAUGCCUUUAGUGAACAUUUUGAAGAACUCUCUGAAUACUUUGUAUCUAAAAUGUCCGUCCUAUUACGGUUUUACUGUACAUGUACAUUUAAUGAAUAUUUAUUUAUUUAUACAAUUUUACACAACUUUACCUGUCAACUGUGAUAGUGUUUUAUUUAGGAUUAGUUUAUGUAAUAUGAUCUUUUUAUCUAGAAACAUACUGAAUAUUUCAGUAUCUCCUUCCUCAGAGUCCCCAUAAAACUUUGAUCCUAGGUUAUAAAAUAAAGUUUGAAAAACAGUAUUAAAAUAAAAAAAUCUGAUUGGUCAGUUCAGUUCUCAGUCUUGAAAUUGACCAUUGUCAAGGUAAAAGACUGGUCAGCUCAGUCACCCUGGUUAAAUAUAUAUUUUUUAUGGUUACAUAUUGGACAUACUGACUGCUUAAUUAAUUUCAGCUUUCAAAAUUACAUAAUAGAAAUUAUGGAAGAAUUGACAGAGUUUCGCUGUCAUUUGUCUACUAUUCAGACUGCGAAUAGUUCGAAAUCUUUCAAUGAAAUGACAUUACUCACUGUAGAUAAAUGUAGGUGUUUACAUAAUGACAUGAAUAGUUAGAAAUGCCUUAAAGCUUCAGCUUGACAGAUGAUGCAAGAUCUGAAUUUAGGGUGCGUUUCUAGAAAAAUAUUAAUUAUGUAUUGAAAUGUAAACAUUGAUGUAGAAAAUAAAGAUGAAAGGAAA